ACAGAGGACGUACAGCGCUGGCGAGUUAGUCAAAUACUGGUCUCACCCGCGAUUGCAUCCAAUUGGUAUCGCAUCUUGUUUUGGUCUGGCGACGAGAAUUUAAGUGUUAUCAUGAAGUGGCCAUUGGUUACCAGUUUGUUGGUUAUCGGUAUCACCGUGGCAAAUGGCUACUGGGGCAGUCACUCGAGCGACGACCCCAGCUAUGCGAACUUGGGUUUUUACAUCCUUGAUAUGAAUUGCAAUGAUGCCGGAACGUACUGCCAGAAGUGCUACAUAGCGCAUUCCGAAUGGAACGUCGCACACAUGCACGUGUUUCAGUUCACAAAGGACCCGGUUCAGUACAAAUUCCGGUGCAUCGAAGGCAACCAGGACUGGGAGAUUUUAAUCAUACAAGCGGACCUGGAUGAACCGUAUCGUAUCUGCGCUGCUUGGGGUAACUACACGAUGGACGCACAGCUUGCUAGGAUCAACGUGUGCGUGGACAACACCUUCGAGGGGGUGGAAGUGCCGCCUGAAUGCCCUAGACCCAUCUUCGUAGUCAGCCUGGAUUACCACGUGGCCGAUAAGACGGUCCGUGGCGAACAGAAUCUGCUCUGUGUCACUCCGUAGAAUUAAGCGAAGUCCGGAAAUUGGGCCAAUUCAUGGGGCUGCUUAAGUGCUGGAAUUUGCUUAGCAGAGAAAAUAUUUGCUGAGCAUUAACAGGGUUACCAGGCAAAAUGCCAUGUCAUGUACAUUGCGUGUGACUGGUAAUCUGCUGAUUUCUCUUAGAAUGUACAUUUGUUAAGCACAAUUUUCUGGUAAGCAGCUGUGUGAGAUUUGGCCCUGCAAUGCAUAGAGGUAUCAAAUAGGUAUUGAAAAAAAUUGAAAUAAAAACCCAAUCUCGUAACCCAAAAUCUUGGGGGCGACAGACUCAUUUUAUUUUUCAAGAUUAGCUGAAUGCUGCCACCAAGAGUCGGAAAUUCCAUAAAUGCAACGUACUUGCCAUUUAUGAAUCCAGGAUUUUUCGUUCGCCAAUACCAAGCAGAAAUCGAUCAAACGGUUCAUUUUACUAACAAAUGAGAAACUAUUAAUCUUUAUGAAUAUUUCAUAGGGAAUACAAGUAUUUUGGAAGGACAAAAAAGUAUUAACGGAUAACGACAAAGAUGUACUGAGCCUGACCGACGAUGAUUGUAUCUUGUUCGAAUUUAGAACGGUUUUUGCAGAUUGAUUUUCGGAAUUUUAUUAGAUAAGAUAUUUAUUCGGGACAUCAAUUACUCGGGUAAUAGUAAAAAAUAAAGAAAAUGCUUGCACACUGUUUGAAGGAGACUUGUCUUUAAUGUAGACGCAUGAAUGCAAAAAUAAUUUUCAUGUAUGAAAAUUGCUUUAUUGUUGGAAGACAGACCGACGCAUUUGUUAGAUAAGAUUUUUGCUCAUGUGCUUCAAUAUUUGUUGCCAAUUUUGAUUCAUUGACUUUUAUUAAGUGGUUUGCAGAUUUGUUGUUAAAAUGAUUAUAGGGCCUAUGCUGUGUAUCAUACCAUAUUAGUUUAUGUUUCCAUUUCAUGUUUCGAUAGUUUGGGGAAAAAAAGGUCAUUUAUUGUGGUAAAAUUAAAAUAUUAAUUUUGGUUCAUAUUCAAACAAAUGUCGAAUUAUUUGUUUUGUGUACUACACACACCCAGAAGAACGUUCCCAGCAGUGGUGCAAGGGCAAAACAGUUCGGCUUUGGUGAUUAGUACCAGGAAAACUAGGGAAAAAGCUCGUGCACUGAAGUAAUCACAAACUUCAGGCAAACAGUGCGAUUGCACGAUUUUCGUGGUUGUGUGCUCCGACUUUACGCGAAUUGUAUCGAUACAAUUCGCAUAAAAGAUCUCAACCUUCUUGAUUGAAGAUUCGGUAACCGCUUCGACUU